UCCUCAUUUCACUUUCUGUUUUCCAACCGGAAUUCCUCUCCGUAUACACCCGCGCAACUUCCUCCUCGAAAUCGCUAUAAAAGCCUUUGACUGCGUUGGGAAAAAGCAUCAGUUCUAAAACUGUAACAACCAACUCACAACCACUCCAAGAUGAAGUUCAUCAUUCUCGUAGCCCUUUUCGCCGUCACGGCCGCUUAUGACUCUCCUAAAUACGAGUCCAUGAAGUACGCAGCUCCAGCAGCACCUAAGUAUGAAGCUCCUGUACCCAAAUACGAAGCCCCGGCUCCUAAAUACGAAGCCCCAGCUGUCAAAAAUGAAGCCCCAGCUCCUAAAUACGAAGCCCCAGCUCCUAAAUACGAAGCCCCGGCUCCUAAAUAUGAAGCCCCAGCUCCUAAAUACGAAGCCCCGGCUCCUAAAUAUGAAGCCCCAGCUGUUAAAUACGUAGCCCCAGCACCUAAGUACGAAGCUCCAGCUCCUAAGUAUGAAGCUCCCAAGUACGAAGCUCCUGCUCCUGCUGUGUACGUGGCUCCAGCUCCCGUGUACGUGACUCCAAAGUACGUGAAGCCGAAAUACGAAGAAGUCAAAUACGACCCACGCCCCUACAGAUUUGGUUAUGAAAUCAAGGACGAAGAAUCUUACGCCGAUUUCUCCUUUUCCGAGAAGAGCGACGGUCACGUAGUCAGCGGCUCCUACCGCGUCGUUCUCCCCGACGGACGCACUCAGAUCGUCAACUACAGAGCCGACAAGAACGGAAACGUCGCCACCGUCACCUACGAAGGUGAGGCCAAAUACCCGGAAUUCGUCGAGCCCGAGUACAAACCCAAACCCUACGUCGCUCCGGUUUACACUGCCCCGGCCUACAAAGCUCCCGCUUACGUUGCGCCAGCACCCGCUUAUGUUGCGCCAGCACCCGCUUAUGUUGCGCCAGCACCCGCUUACGUUGCGCCAGCACCCGCUUAUGUUGCGCCAGCACCCGCUUACGUUGCGCCAGCACCCGCGUACAAGGCUCCAGUUGUCUACGCUGCUCCGGCUUAUGUUGCUCCCGCUCCCGUUGCUUACGUUGCCCCGACUACCCAAGCAUAUGUGGCUCCAGCUUAUGAAGCUCCGACCACCACAGCCGCAUACUUUCCAGCUCCGACCACCGCCGCUUACGCUGCUCCGGCUUACGUGGCUCCAACUACCGCUGCCCCCGCAUACAAAGCUCCCGCUUACUCCGCCCCGGAAUAUUAGAAUUGGAACACUUACUCCAACAGGUCUUUAAUUAUGUAUGGUGUUCAUCCUUGAUUGCCUCCUAUACCUUAAUGUAUUGGCUAUUUUAAUAAUUUAAGACCACCAAACCAAAAUGUUAAACUCUGACGGCAACUUUUUUGUUAUCUGUCUGAGUGAUAAUUAAUUAUGUGCAAAUACAAGUUUUGAA